ACUGUAAAUGACAGUUCGCUAUCCACGUAGCUGUUCUUGUGGAACUGAUAGUGGUCCUCUGGUUUCUUUCCUAAAUAUUUGCUGUGCCGCAUAGCAGUACAGGUAAAACUCGCGAGUGGUAAAUGGGUUUUACUCGUGUCUUGUAAACACAAUUUAUAAUUCCGCACGGCACGGCGGAUAAUCGACUAGUUUCAAAUCGAACAUCGUUUCCUGUACAAUUGAAGAUUCUUUUGAACGCUGUUCUGUUUUCAAUAAGCCUAGCACCUGGCGAAAAUGGCAAUUAAACCAGGAAUGGGACGAAAGUCGUCCAAUAAAAACCCACCAUUUCUAAGCCACGAAUUCGUGAUCCAGAACCAUGCCGACAUCGUUUCGUGUUUUGCAAUGAUUUUUGUCGUCGGUUUGAUGCUGCAGGCAACCAAUUCUGUGGCAAGUAUCUUCAUUGCAUUACAUCACAAUGUAACCGGAGCUGAUCCGAGUCAUGAGAAUCCUCAGGGAGAACCGUAUUUCUACACGACAGGAUGGAAAGAUGGUUGUGCGGUAUUUUUCUACAUGCUGAUUUGCAUCAUCAUGCAUGCAAUCCUGCAGGAGUACGCAUUGGAUAAAAUUUCUAAAAAGCUCCAUCUGUCAAAGUUCAAGUUGUCGCGUUUCAAUGAAUCCGGACAACUGGUUGUCUUCUACGCCAUGUCAUUUCUAUGGGGGUUCGACGUGAUCGUUCGAGAGCAGUACCUCGGAAAUGUAGCCAAACUGUGGGAAGGUUUCCCGGAUCACCCAAUGGUGUUUCUACACAAGCUGUUCUUCAUUAUCCAGAUGGCGUAUUACUGGCACAUCCUUCCAGAGUUGUACUUCCAGAAGGUAAAAAAGGAUGAACAGAAAGCGAAGGUGCAGCAUGCGGUGGUGGGAUUCUUCCUCAUUGCCACCGCCUAUUUCCUAGGAUUUCACCGAAUCGCGUUGGUUCUACUAAUGCUGCAUUAUUUCUGUGAGUUCAUCGCACAUUCAUUCCAGCUUGUUAAUAUCUUCGACAAGGACGAGAAAUUCGUGAAAUUGCGUAUCAUUCACAACGUGGUCUUUAUUCUGACCCGCUUUGCCACAAUGGUUCUUACCUUCUUGACACUGUUCUACGGUAUCAACGAUGUUUCGCAAACCAAGCGCAGCUUCAUGUUGGCCACGAUUUUCGGAUUGCAGGGUUAUCUAAUUUUUGAUUUCAUCUCAAACGUGUUAAGAUCGAAGCGGGAACGAUCUGUCGAACAUUCAGAACGUCAAGCGAAAGCAGCGGCCACCAAGAUCGAAAAGACAAAAAAGGAACGCAAAAAGGAAAGUGAUCUUCCCGAGGCCGAUCAGAAUGCUGUUCAAUCGACUCCAUCGUCGACGGUUAGUGGAAGGGGUGCCAAGAAAACCAAGGUUAAAUAGGAUCAACGUUGUUAGUUUUGUUUGCGAACACGCGAAUUUACUCUCCGGGGAAAAUAGAAGAGUUACGCAAAGCUAAAAGUGUUUGCUUCCAUUUUAUUGAAACAGCUAUAGUUAAAGAAGCUGUGUGAUUUGAUCAUGUUUACUUCAUUCAUACGCUUCGAUUUCUCUAUUUCAUUUGGUUAAUCAGACAAAAUACAAAAUGCUAAUUUCAUGAAAUGAACAAUUGAACUUAUGCUCAAGAAUAUAAAAUUUUAGAUAGUAAUCACCACCAGUUCUUUAAUACCUCAGUCAAAUUACCAACUUGCUUUCUUCACAUGAGAAGCAUGAAAAUCAAAAUCAGCAAAGUAAAGUAGUGAUGAUAGAGCAAGAGCAAUACGUGAGGUUUUAUAUGCAUUUAUAAUAAUUUGGACUGGAAAAUGUAAGUUUUUGGUUUGUCGCAUCUAGAAAACAUUGAAGAUUACAUCGAUAGUAAUCCUCCCAUUAGGAUCUAUAACAAAUUGAGUUUGAGUAUACAGUAUAGAAACCUUUUGUAUGUUCUAAUGCAAUAAUGAAAUAAAAUUGACCCAUCUAUCCAGCUACACUUAUUUUUUUCUGUUUCUAAGUAUUUCUUAUCUAAUUUGAUCACUUAAUCUUCUUUCAAUCUUUCUCUUAAUGAACGUAAAAAAACAGCUGUUGUUUCAAAGAAGGGCGAAUCUUACAUAAGUAAUCAAAUUGAGUUUCUCCUAGGAAUAAAUGCUUCAAAAUCUUAAUAAAUGCUGCAAAAGUAAUACAAAGAACUAUAAGGGGCGAAACUGACAUUCCUUUUGUGUGCGUAAGUUUCGCCUUCCGUGUUCCAUGCCAGCCAACAGGACGAUACUUCAAUUGCUAGAAGAGAAAGGCGAAACUAUUUAUUUUCGUUAUUUUAGAUGUUUUCCGCAAUUUUAACUACAAGAAAUGUUAAAUGAGCCGAUGAAAUUACCCGCAGAUUUUUGUCUUAGGCGCGGAAGCCAGCCAAUUUCACGAAAAAUGCGCGUAACUUCAUAAUUCACAGGGAGCAUAAAAGUCAAAAAAUCGAAAAAGGGUGAAACUCUUUUUAUGUUGAUUUAGUGGAUAUAGAGGAAAAGUGGAUAAAAUUGCAUAUCUUCUGAUGAUAAAUCAACAGUUCAUUGAUUUGUCAAAAAUUGAUCUUAGUAGGGAUGUCGUAAUAUCGAUCGAGUAAUCGAUUAAUAAACCAGUAAAUCGAGUAA